AUGACUUACUCAUCCAGCGGGCCUUCACUCGCUCAGGCCCUGGAUAUGGGUAAGGAAAGCAACAAUGGGAAUAUGGAUACGGAUGUCGAUCAUUUGCAUUCAAACUUGGAUCCUUCAAAGUCACAUUCCCUUCCUACUUCGGAUCUGUCCGUUCUGAGUGAAUCUGACCCUGGCUCUAUUCAACAAUCUCGCUCUUCUUCGCAACCUCGCUUCCUACGUUCCAGCGAAAGUGAAAACGACAUCUCUCCAAACCAUCUCCACCACGCUCAUCUCCAAUUACACCAGCUCGAAACCGUUGAUGACAGAAUCGUUGACGAAGCAGCCGAACAGAGCCAUCUGCAGCUCCACAAGACCGGCCACCACUCCCACCACUCCCACCACCGUUUGCAUCGCAGCAAGUCGCCCGCCAACCUCCAUCUUCGUGCUGCCCAGCCCAACCACGCACACGCCAUCGCCGAAGCCAAUGCUCUAAAACCUCGCGCUGAACAAGAUCUCGUUACUCAAGUUGUUCAGACUGUGUCUGUUGUUCAGGUCGUCGAUUCAGUCGGAUCGCCAAUCGAAGUACAAACCUAUUACGCACCACCUGCUACCGUCGUCGUGGAUUCUGCCUCGGGCAUCACCGUCGCCGCCAUUUCUGACCCGGAACCCAAGAUCUCCGUGGCGGCCGUGGCGUCGGAUCCGGCUGCGAGCUACAAUGUUCCGUUACCUCCGUCCGCUCCAGCCGCGACCGCCGUGGAAACACCUGGGUUGACCGACCCAUCACCGUCUGCGCCUGUCCCAGAUGCGACCAUAUCUGAUUCAGUGCCCAAGCCCGUCAAUGACACGACGUUGCUACCCACUGCCGAUUUACCAUCUAACACGGUUCCUCCAACAAAUGAGACUAAUGGACCUGUGACGUCGACAGAUCCUGAUACUGCGAGUCACGAAACAACGUUACCAGCUGCUCCUACUACUGCCUCGGAUGUUAGUGGGUCGGGGACUGCCCUCGUAACUACCGAUGACCUGACCGCGACAACAACCGAUAUCCCUACUUUAAUAGAGACUACAUCCGACUUGACCUCGGAAGCGACGCAAGAUGUUGCAUCAGAAGUGACGUCUAAUGAAACCUUAACAGCUACUACCGACGUGACUCGUGCAGAGUCCAAGCCUUCCACAACCACGACACCGCCAACGACGAACACAGCUUCAAGGACCCGCACUUCUUCCACUGUCCUGGUGGUAUCUUCGACCUUCGUCACCUCUUCCAUCAACCCUAGCGACACUUCGACGUACAGCUACUCUGACUCGGUGUACUCGAGCAUUUCGGCUCAGGAAACUUGGUCUUCUGGUUCGUGGGGAGACGAAGAUAAUGAAGGAGGUAGCGGUGCCGCAACAGCUGAUAACCAACCACCAGCGGCGACGACCACUUCGAACUCCAACAACACCGAUACUGGCACACUCUCGCCUCAGCAGAAGCAAGUAAUAGGUGGUGUCGUAGGAAGCAUUGCGGGCGUGGCGUUCUUGGCGUUCUUCGUCCUGUUUGCUCUCAGGUAUAAGAAGAAGCAUCCUGGAGGUGGCAUACUCGGUGGGAGUCAGUCUGGAACGCGCUCAAUUGGUGGCCCAACAUCUGGGCCUGACGGUGAUAGUGGCGCAUCGAUGGCUGAACGUGCUGGGGCAUCUGCUGCCAUCACUGCCGCGUUUGCGGGACUGAUGGGCAAAAAGCAACGAAAAACCCCCGAACUGGAGCCUGUCAGCGAGAGAGGGUUCUACCGAGUUUCAGGGAAAAAGCUUCCUUCUGUUCUUCAGGUUGGUGGUGAUGGUUAUUCUGAUCCGCGGGCCGAACCCCCCUCGACCGGCCGGGCAAAUCGAGAAAGCGUCAUGAGUGGUAACUCUGACUACUGGAGAGGCUCUAUGGCAUUUGAUCCGAGUGACCGGGACUCACCUCAUCUUGCUCUUGGAUCACCAAUGCGGCCAAUAAGCGGCGUGCCUGUAAUUCGAUCCGGCCCAGCUCGAACGCCUGUCACAGAGUCGAAUCCUUUUACGGACCCGUCACGACCAAGACCGGAUUCUGAUGCUCUGGGGGGCUCAACAGGUGGUGGCUCAAUUGCAUCUCGUGAUGGAUCAUUUGGCUCACCAUCACGGUUCCAGGAGAGAAUCUGA